AUGAAGUACCUCCAGUUCCUCGCUGCCGUUGCAGCCGUCUCUGCCUUCUCUGGCCCUGUCCUCGCCGGAUUGACCGUCGACAACACCAACCAGGUCGCCCCCGUCCAGGGCACCGUCGCUGCCCUUUCGCAGGUCGGCAACCUCCAGCACGUCGAGCGCGGCGACAUCAACGUGGAAAACCAUUCUCAAUUCGCUCCCGUUCAGGGCACCGUCGCCGCCCUCUCUGCGGUCCUCAACGAACAGAGCGCCAAGCGCUCCCUCAAGGUCGACAACACCAACCAGGUCGCACCCAUCCAGACCACCAUCGCUGCUCUCUCUCAGGUCCUGAACGAGCAGAAGGCUGCCAAGCGCGACAACGUCGUCAAGAACGACAACCAGAUCCUUCCCAUUGAGGCCACGCUCGCUGCCCUUUCGGCCGUUGCCAACGGUCAGAACGCCAAGCGCGGCGAUAUCAACGUGGACAACAGCGCCCAGUUCCUCCCGGUCGAGGCCACCCUCGCCGCUCUCUCUGCCGUCGCCAACGGUCAGUCUGCCGGCAAGCGUAACGCUCCCGACUUUGAUGUCGAGAACACCAACCAGGUUGCCCCGAUCCAGGCCACCGCCGCGCUGCUCUCCGAGGUCGCCAACCUGCAGACAGCUCACGCCAAGCGUUGGGCCCACGAGAGCACCCACAUCGACAACACCAACCAGGUGGCUCCCAUUCAGGCUACUGCUGCUCUGCUUUCGCAGGUCGCCAACCUCCAGUCCGCUGGCCGCAAGCGCUGGAACCACCACGACCACGAUGUCACGAUCGAGAACACCAACCAGGUGGCUCCCGUUCAGGGCACGGUUGCUGUUCUUUCGCAGGUCGACAACGUUCAGUCUGCCAGCAAGCGCGACGUCACGGUCAAGAAUCACAACCAGGUGGCUCCCGUCCAGGGUACCGCUGCUGUCCUCUCCCAGGUCAGCAACGAGCAGCUUGUCUCGCGCAAGGCUCCCGACUUUGAUUCGGUCGAGAACCACAACCAGGUCGGUGCUAUCCAGGAUACGGUGGCCAUCCUCUCCCAGGUCCUGAACAACCAGUCUGUCGAGAAGCGCAAGGCUCCGGAGUUCGAUGUCGAGAACCACAACCAGGUUCUGCCCGUGCAGACCACGGCUGCUCUGCUCUCUCAGGUCCUCAACAGCCAGAGCGUUGAGAAGCGUCACGGCAAGAAGCACACCACCAAGGUCUCGAACCACAACCAAGUGGCUCCUGUCCAGAUCACUGCCGCUACCCUCUCGCAGGUCCUCAACAACCAGAGCGUCGAAAAGCGUAAGGCGCCCGAGUUCGACUCGAUCAUCGAGAACCACAACCAGGUGCUCCCCGUGCAGACGACUGCGGCUCUCCUGUCGCAGGUGCUCAACAGCCAGUCUGUUGAGAAGCGUCACAACGACAAGCCCGACAUUGUCUUUGAGAACCACAAUCAGGUACUUCCCGUGGAGGCGACGGUUGCUCUCCUGUCGCAGGUGCUCAACGGUCAGAGUGUGGAGAAGCGCAAGGCUCCCGAGUUUGACUCGAUCGUCGAGAACCACAACCAGGUCGGCGCCAUCCAGGACACUGUUGCUAUCCUGUCUCAGGUCUUGAACAACCAGUCCGUCGAGAAGCGCAAGGCUCCCGAGUUCGACAGCUUCGAGAACCACAACCAGGUCGGCGCCAUCCAGGACACCGUUGCUAUCCUGUCCGAGGUUCUCAACAAUCAGAGCGUCGAGAAGCGUCAUGGCAAGAAGCACACCAAAGUCGAGAACCACAACCAGGUGCUGCCUGUUCAGGGCACUGUCGCUCUCCUUUCCCAGGUUCUGAACAACCAGUCGGUGGAAAAGCGCAAGGCUCCCGAGUUCGUCCUUGAAAACCACAACCAGGUGGCUCCGGUCCAGACCACCGUCGCAACCCUCUCUCAGGUCCUCAACAGUCAGUCGGUCGAGAAGCGCAAGGCUCCCGAUUUCACCUCGGUUGAGAACCACAACCAAGUCGCUCCUGUCCAGGGCACCGUGGCUGUUCUUUCUCAGGUGCUCAACAACCAAUCGGUCGAGAAGCGCAAGGCCCCAGAGUUCACCUCUAUCGAGAACCACAACCAGGUUGCUCCGGUUCAGGGCACGGUGGCUGUCCUCUCACAAGUUCUGAACAACCAGAGCGUGGAGAAGCGCAAGGCUCCUGAAUUCACUUCGAUCGAGAACCACAACCAGGUGGCUCCCGUCCAAGGCACCGUUGCCGUUCUCUCUCAGGUGCUCAACAACCAGUCCGUCGAGAAGCGCACCAACGGCGAGACCAACAUUGUGGAGAACACCAACCAGGUCCUGCCUCUUCAGACCACCAUCGCCGCUCUUUCCUCGGUGCUCAACACUCAAAAAGCCUCUCGCUCGCUUGAGCUGUCGAACACCAACCAAGUCGCGCCCGUCGAAGCGACGCUCGCCGCGCUCUCGCAAGUCGCCAACGAUCAGGCCGCCAGCAAGCGCGAUGGGCUCGUCAACGACGACCAGGUGGCGCCCGCAACCGCCGUCACCGCUGCGCUCUCCAAAGUGCUGAGCGGCCAAAAGACCCGACGAGGUGAGAACCCAGUGAUCCAGAACAACGUGCACCAAGUAGCCCCAGCUCAAGCGACCCUCUCUGCCCUCUCGGAUAUCGUAAACAGCGCGAACACCCGCCGAGCGCUGGAUGUAGAGCAGUUCGAGGUGCUCCAGCGUGCCAUUGAGGCAUUGCAGGCGGCGCUGGACAAGACGAGCACGGGGGAUGCGACACACAGCGUGGACGCCUUGACGGGGUCGGCUGAGCACCUGGAGAAGCGAGAUGGCGGGCUCAACCCUGGUGCGCUGUUGGGCGGGGCGAUGGGCGGCCUCUCGGUGCCGGUGGGCAACGAGGACCUGUUGAAGGAUCUGGCGAAGCGAUGGGCGGCAGAGGCGGAUGCCGAGAUGGCCAAGCGCACCCCUUCCGUCGACGGCAAGGGUCAACGUCCUCGUCCUCGUCAUGCUCGUGAGCACAACAACAACGGCCAGUGCUCCGUCGGCGCCGCCCAGUGCUGCAGCCAGGUGAUCAACGACGAGGGCAAGAAGAAGACGCUAGCCGGUCUGCUCGGGUUCAACAGCAUUGCGGGCGACAUCGGUCUCAACUGCCAGCAGAUCCCUGCCCUCGGCGGACUGGCGUUGCAGUCGACGUGCAAGUCUUCACCCGUCUGCUGCACCAAUGUCUCCCAGGAUGGUCUGGUCAACAUCGGAUGCACCUCGCUCCCCAUCAACUGA